CAAGGAAGUAUCCCUUUCUUUGCUGGGCCUCAUCUUGGGGAAGAUGAUGAUGUCUUUGAAGUUGUAAUAACUAAAGUAGAGAAGAAAAGGCAGUGGAGCUGUACUGGUAUAUUCAGCCUGAAGAGGGAAGGUCCUUCCAGGUUGUGAAAUGUGCUCACAGGAGGCUUUUCAGGCACAGAGGAGCCAUCUGGUGGGACUGCUGGUCUCAAGGUCCCUGGAGGGCUUCGAGAGCAUCCUGGACUGGCUGCUGUCCUGGGAAGUCCUCUCUUGGGAGGACUAUGAGGGCCUCCGCCUCCUGGGCCAGCCUCUCUCCCACUCAGCCAGGUACCUCCUGGACACAGUUUGGAAUAAGGGCGCUUGGGGCUGUCAGAAGCUCAUCUUGGCUAUCCAAGAGGCCCAGGCCGACAGCCAGUGCCCCGAGCUGCAGGGCUAUUGGGACCCCCACACUCUCCACCCAGCCCAGGACCUGCAGAGCCACCGGCCAGCCAUCAUCAGGAGACUCUACGGCCACGUGGAGGGCGUGCUAGACCUGGCCCGGGAGCGGGGUUUCGUCAGCCAAUACGAGUGUGAUGAAAUCAGGUUGCCGAUCUUCACGUCAUCCCAGAGGGCAAGAAGGCUGCUCGAUCUUGCCACAGUGAAGGGAAAUGGACUGGCCUCCUUCCUCCUACAAUGUGCUCAGGAGUUGCCAGCCCCGUCAGCCCCACCUUUUGAAGCUACUGCGUGUAAGAAGUUCACGUCCAAGCUGAGAACCACGGUGUCUGCCCAGUCUCGCUUCCUCAGCACUUAUGACGGAGCGGAGACCCUCUGCCUGGAAGACAUCUACACUGAGAAUAUCCUGGAGGUCCGAGUGGAAGUGAGUGCAGCUGGCCCCCAACAGAGCCCUGCCACCCUGGGCUUGGAGGAGCUCUUCAGCACACGCAGCCACCGCAAUGAGGAUGCAGACAUGGUUCUGGUGGUGGGUGAGGCGGGCAGCGGCAAGAGCACGUUUUUGCAGCGGCUGCAUGCGCUGUGGGCUGCGGGGAGGGGCUUCCAGGAGUUUCUCUUCGUCUUCCCAUUCAGUUGUCGGCAGCUGCAGUGCGUGACCAGACCGUUGUCCGUGCAGACACUGCUCUUUGAGCACUGCUGUUGGCCCGACACUGGCCAGCAGGACGUCUUCCAGUUCCUCCUUGACCACCCUGACCAAGUCCUGUUAACCUUCGAUGGCUUUGACGAGUUCAGGUUCAGGUUCUCAGAUCGUGAGCGUCAUUGCUCUCCGAUUGACCCCACGUCUGUCCAGAGUCUGCUCUUCAACCUUCUGCAGGGCAACCUGCUGAAGAAUACCCGCAAGGUGCUGACUAGCCGGCCGGCCGCCGUGUCAGCGCUCCUCCGGAAGUAUGUCUGCACAGAGGUCAAUCUCAAGGGCUUCUCGGAAGAGGGCAUCAAACUGUACCUGAGGAAGCGCCAUCGUGAGCCCGAGGUGGCAGAUCGUCUCAUCCGCCUGCUGCAAGCAACCUCGGCCCUGCAUGGUUUGUGCCAUCUUCCUGUCUUCUUGUGGAUGGUAUCCAAAUGCCACCAGGAGCUGUUGCUGCAGGAGGGGGGGUCCCCACAGACCACCACGGACAUGUACCUGCUGAUCCUGCAGCAUUUUUUGCUGCGCACCUCCCUACCAGACUCAGCCUCCCAUGGUCUGAGGCCCAGCCUCCUUCGAGGCAGGCUCCCCACCCUCCUGCGCCUCGGCCAACUAGCUCUAUGGGGGCUGGGUACAUGCUGCUACUUGUUCUCAGCCCAGCAGCUCCAGGCAGCGCAGGUCAGCCCAGAUGACAUUUCUCUUGGCUUCCUGGUGCGUGCCAAGAGUGUAGUGCCAGGGGGUGCAGCACCCUUAGAGUUCCUGCACAUAACUUUUCAGUGUUUUUUUGCCGCGUUCUACCUGGCGCUCAGUGCUGAUGUGCCGCCAACCUCGCUCAAAUACCUCUUCAACUGUCACAGGCCGGGCAGCUCCCCCUUGGCCAGGCUGCUACCCAUACUGUGCAUCCAGGGCUCGAGAGGCAAGGAGGGCAGUGUGGUGGCUUUGCUGCAGAAGGCCGAGCUGCACAACCUUCAGAUUGCGGCGGCCUUCCUGGCAGGGCUGCUGUCCCGAGAGCACCAGGACCUGCUGGCCGAGUGCCAGGAGUCCAAGAAGGCCCUGCUCCGGCGCCAGUCCUGUGCCCGCUGGUGUCUAGCCCACAGCCUCCGAAAGCACUUCCACUCCAUCCCGCCUGCCGUGCCAGGGGAGACCAAGAGCAUGCAUGCCAUGCCCGGCUUCAUCUGGCUCAUCCGGAGCUUGUAUGAGAUGCAAGAGGAGCGGCUGGCCCAGGAGGCUGUGCGUGGGCUGGAUGUUGGGCACCUCAAGCUGACAUUUUGUGGCGUGGGCCCCGCCGAGUGUGUGGCCCUGGCCUUCGUGCUGCGGCACCUUCGGCGGCCCGUGGCCCUGCAGCUGGACUACAACUCUGUGGGUGACAUUGGCGUGGAGCAGCUGCUGCCUUGCCUUGGUGUCUGCAAGGCUCUUUAUUUGCGGGAUAACGGUAUCUCUGACCGAGGCAUCUGUAAGCUCAUCGAACGUGCCCUUCACUGUGAGCAGCUGCAGAAGUUGGCUCUGUUCAACAACAAGCUGACCGAUGGCUGUGCACACUCCAUGGCCCGGCUCCUUGCGUGCAAGCAGAACUUCCUGGCAUUGAGGCUGGGGAAUAACCACAUCACUGCCGAGGGAGCCCGAGUCCUGGCGGAGGGGCUUCGAGUUAAUACCUCCCUGCAGUUCCUGGGGUUCUGGGGCAACAGAGUGAGUGAUGAGGGAGCCCAUGCCCUGGCUGAAGCCUUGGGUAAUCACCAGAGCUUGAGGUGGCUCAGCCUAGUGGGGAACAACAUUGGCAGUGAGGGUGCCCAAGCCUUAGCACUGAUGCUGGAAAAGAAUGUCACCUUAGAAGAGCUCUGCCUGGAGGAGAACCAUCUUCAGGAUGAAGGUGUAUGUUCUCUCGCAGAAGGAUUGAAGAGGAAUUCAAGUUUGAAAGUCCUGAAGCUGUCCAACAACUGCAUUACCUACCUGGGGGCAGAAGCCCUCCUGCAGGCCCUUGAAAGGAAUGACACUAUCCUGGAAGUCUGGCUCCGAGGGAACACUUUCUCUCUAGAGGAAAUUGAGAAGCUCAGCCACAGGGACUCCAGACUCUUGCUUUGAUGCCUCUGGGUGGAUAUUCCUCUCAGUUUGUGAGCAAGCCUGGGUUUGGGCCCGGAAGCUGGAUGACAUCUGGUAGCAGCCUAUUCAGACUAACACUGUCUUGCCUAGGGCUGAAUUUGUUUCUGGAAACACUUUUUUUCUGCAGAGGAAGGAGCAUCAGUGCCCUCUGGAAGAGACUUGAGAAACUCUACUUUUGCCAUCGACUUCUUCCCAAAUUCAAUACUGGGAUAUAGAAGCAACAGUCCCUUUUUUCAGUGUAGAGUUGGCAUCCAGUGGGUCCGCCUGGGUUCCCGUGUGGG